GGUGACCGUUGAUCUUACAAGCCCUGAGGAUCCUGGUGCUGAUCCUCUCUUGCGUAUCAGGACGAGAGGUGUAUAAAUCAGGAUCCCAUGUCGGAAAUCGGUGCCUGUGAAGUAUACAAGUACCUUCUGUCUCUGGGGGUUUCUUGUCCCACGGCUGAAAUUGCAUUCAUAUCCUCUUCUGCCACGAUGCUAGUCAAGCUGCUGCCUCUGGUUCUUUCAGCCUGUUGGCAUAUUUAGCAGCGUCACCGCCAAUGCGCCUGAUCCUGGGCAGGGUCCAGAUUACAUCUUGGUCGCCACGGCGGUUAACCUUACCACCAACUGUCAGCACAGGUAUUCAGUCGUUUUCAAUGGCAUGAGCCCCGGUCCCCCGCUAUACCUGAGGGAGGGUUCUACGACUUGGGUCAGGGUGUUCAAUGAUCUUGAAGAUCAGAAUCUCACGGUGCAUGGACUGACCCAACGAACGGCUCCUUUCUCCGAUGGUACACCAAUAUUAUCGCAAUUGCCAAUUGAGCAUCUGAGUUUUUCGACUAGACAAAGUUACCUAGGUGAUCAUUUAUUCAUCAUCGAUUCGACAGCAAGUGCGACUUCAAGACCUUGUUUAAUGACCAUCAAAUCACUCAAGUCAUUCAUCUAUUUAAUGUUCUUGGGAUUCCGAACCAAAUGACCCGAUGCGAGGGUGAAGAACCGCAUGUGCUACCAGCUUUGGGAGGGUUCUGGCAGUUACUCAAUGAACUGAAUCGAUGAUGAGCGUG